AUGGCCAGUCACAUCAAGUACAGGAACGCAUUCCUUAGCCUAGCACUGGUGGCCUGCACGCUGGCCCUAGCCGUUGCGGAUGUCUCGCAUUUGCCGCUGCAGCAGCUGGAGGGGGAAAAUGGCUAUGGCUAUGAUUAUCCCAAGCCUGUGGUGCCGUUUGUAAUAGCCAAAACCACCACGCCAGCGCCCACACCGGCGCCCACUUAUCUGCCACCACCGCCACCGACGCCAGCGCCCACCUAUCUGCCACCACCGCCGGCGACAACGCGAUCGACAACAACCACCACUACGCCAGCGCCGACGCCAGCACCCACUUACUUGCCACCACCAAAGCCCACCACAACCACCACCACCACAACCACCACCACGACCACAACGACGCCAGCACCCACGCCGGCACCCACCUAUCUGCCGCCCAUCAUUGUGCCAGACCCCGAGCCGGGCUACCACUACGAUGCACCCGCCGAGCCCUUCAUAUUCUAAGCUGCACCGCCGCGCACCACA